AUGGCUUUCCUUGCCUCGGAAUUUGCUAUGAAGGAUCCGGGUCCUUUGAAUUAUUUCCUUGGCAUUCAUGUCACUCGCCAUAAGGAUGGCAUGUUUCUUUCGCAAUGCAAGUAUGCCGAAGAAAUCAUUGAUCGAGCUGGGAUGUCUUUUUGUAAGGCUACUUCUACUCCGGUUGAAACUAAACCGAAGGUAUGCUUACACAUGCAUGCUCCGCGAGAGGUUCAUAUGCAUGCUCUUAAGCGCAUCAUCUGUUACAUUCAGGGUACACUUGAUUAUGGUUUGCAUCUUUAUCCAUCCUCAGUUACUGACCUCCUUUCCUACCCUGAUGCCGAUUGA